CGGUCAUGUGAUCAGCUGUGUCCAAUCACAGCUGAUCACAUGUACACAGAUCAUCAGAGCCCUGAUGAUCAGUGUGCCCUGAUGAUCUGUGUAGCCCCAGCAGCGCCACCUGUCAGUGUCCAUCAGUGCCAGCUCUCAGUGCUCAUCAAUGCCACCUGACAGUUCCCAUCAGUGCCACAUCAAUGCCACAUAUCAGUGCCCAUCUGAGCUGCCUUUCAGUGUCACCCAUCAGUGCCAGUCAGUGCCACCUAUCAAUGACAUUCACAGCCACCUAUCAGUGCUGCCAAUCAGUUCCACAUAUCAGUGAAAGUCAGUGCCGCUUAUCAGUGCCAAUCAUUGCCGCCUAUCAGUGUGCAUCAGUGCCACUUAUCAGUGCCCGUCAGUGCUGCCUAUCAGUGCCGCCUAACAGUGCCAGUCAUUGC